UCGUGAUCUGAGAGCCUGCCGGUACGUAACAGUAACUCUGCUCUACUGUUUCAGAGAUGUUAUUGUGCAAUAUAUAGACCUCUCUGGCGGUCAGAGCUUGAAAUUGUUAUUCGCGCGCUGCUGUGAAAACAGAAGAUUGUAUGUGCUUGUUUCCAUGGUGUUGCCCUGAAUUUGUGCGCAGUUUAUUGAAACUUCCGUUGAGCUUUCCAUUGUAAGUACUUACCUUCUUUGUUUUUUUGUAAUAGUUUGAAGCAUUACGUUACAAGUGAGUGAGAUAAAGUGGAAAAUAUGAAGUGGACUUAUUAGUACCGCCAGGUUGUGCGAACACUUUUUGUAGCAACAGUGCGUUACCUCCACUUUUUCUCACACAGAUGGACGAAAAUCGUAAAACUGGUGGCUACUUUCGACCUUUGAGUGAUGCAGAGAUUGAAGCAAUUUUGUAUGAGGACAUUCCCUCUGACAUUUCAGAGGAUACUGACAUCGAAGAUGAUGACGAGAAUGUUAAUAAUUUUGACAAAGCUUUUCCGUGCAAUUUGCAAGAGGCAGAUUGUGAAACAAACUCCACUUGUUCGGAUAAUGAUGCCUCAGAGAGUUCUUUGCCGUUUACAUCUUCCCCUCAAUGUGAAUAUUGGACAAAGAGAAUGUGGAGAGACAAACACAUUGAAACAAGGAGCUGUGAAUACAGAUAUAGUGAAGGGCCUAUGGAAGAAUUAUUUCAGGAUUGCCUCACAGCUACUGAUGUUUUUAUUUUCAUUUUGAAGCCAAUUGUAGAAGACAUAAUUUUCCAGAGCAAUCUUUACGCAACACAGAAGGGAAAAAUUUUAAAUCUGAAGGAACAUGAGCUAUUUGCUUUUUUGGGAAUUAAUUUAUUUAUGGGUUACCACAAGCUGCCGUCGUGGAAACGCUACUGGUCUGCGUGUGAUGACCUUGGUAUUUCUAUUGUAAGGCGAUGCAUGAGUAGGGACAGGUUUGAUUUUAUUUUGAGUAAUUUACAUCUUAACGACAACACAAAAAUUCCAGAAAGAAACACUGACAAAUUGUAUAAAAUACGCCCGCCUCUGACUGCUUUGAAUAAGCAAUUUAUGUCCAUAUACAGGGGCACUAGAGAACUCAGUAUUGAUGAAUCAAUGAUUGUCUUCAAGGGAAGAAGUAGCAUAAAGCAAUAAAAUCCAUUAAAACCAAUCAAAAGAGGCUAUAAACUAUGGGCAAUUUGUGAUCAAAAAGGAUACACACUCAAUUUUGAAGUGUAUCAAGGUAGAAAUGAGACACUGGAGAAGGACUUUGAAGGGUACGGUUUAGGGGAGAGAGUAGUACUGAAAUUGUCUAAACCGUAUUGGGGUCAGUACAGAAAAUUGUACUUUGACAAUUUUUUUUACUUCUAUUCCACUUUUGGAGAAAUUAAAAUCCGUAAAUACAUUUGCCUGUGGAACAAUUAGAACAAACAGGAAAGGUUUGCCAGCGAAUUUACCUAAAGAAAAAUGUCUAAAGCGUGGGGAAUCAAAUCACAGAGUGUCAUCUUUAGACCUAACAGUAUUUCAAUGGAGGGACAAUAAAGUAGUGUAUUUUGCGUCAAACUUCCAUGGCACUGAACAGAGCGUAGUGUCAAGAAAACAGAAAGAUGGAACUAGUAUGACAAUACCAUGUCCAGCUAUUGUAUGUGAUUACAAUAAAAACAUGGGUGGUGUGGAGCAUGCGGACAGAUUACGUUCAGCUUAUGGUCUUGACAGGCGAUCAA